AACCCAGACUCGCGCUUCUUCUGGCAAUUCAUUCUACAUGCUCCCACAAACAUCCUUAACGUAAUAACUAAAAACAUUCAUAGAUGAACAAUUGUUUCUUUACGAAUCAAUUGGUUGCAUAUCCGCCACAUCGGUUAAACCUCACAUAAUUCUUCCCCUUUCGGUCGUCAUGAGUCACAAAGAACGUUUGGUUGUAGACGCCUCGCGAAACCUCAAUCCCCUUCUAGUCGAUAAGAAGGUUAAAUUGACUCAUUUAGAAGUGGCGAAUGAACAUUUGUCUGAAAAUUGCUUGAUGACAACUUCAGAUUUAGAGUCCGGAUAUCACCAAGUUCCAAUGCAUCCUGACCAUCGACGCUUCUUAGGAAUCCAAUGGACUCGAAAGGGAAAGACUGCAUUUUUCGUGUGGAACGUACUAUUUCUUGGAAUUGAGACUGCCGUUCAUCUUUUCACCAAACUUCUUCGGCCACAUGUUUCCUUUUGUCAGCAAUUGGGCAUACCCAUUUCCAUUUACAUCUAUGAUCAAAGAGUUUUAGGCCGAGAUGAACACUCUUGUCUCCGGAAUUCGAAUUUUGCCGCCAUUUGCCUUAGAUUAGCUGGUUGGAUUAUAAAGCCUGGGAAAGGAAUGAGUGUUCCCACUCAAUAUGGAACAUUCCUUGGGCUUGACCACGAUCUCAAGACAAUGCAGUAUUUCAUUCCAAUUGGCAAAUUAACCCAUAUCCUUUCAAUGGCUGAUAAUCUUCUCAAACAACGCCGUAUUCGGAUUAAAGAUUUAGCAAGUUUUUACGGCAAGAUAUCGUCAUGCCGUCUCGCUCUAGGCCCCAUCUCCUCAUUACUCACACGUUCUGGUCAUGCUCUAAUUGCUGAUUCAUCUACAGCCUGUGGCUGGGAAGGCUGGGUUUCAACUACUCCUCUAGUCUUCGAGGAAAUUUAUCAGCUUAGACUUUCUUUGCCUUCUCUGAAUGGAUGGCCAAUUCUUCACCUUCCUUCCAUCUUGCCUCAUCGCAUUUUUGCCUGCGACGCGUCCGCAAUUGGCAUAGGGGCAGCCGAGAUAUUUUGCCACUUCAAACCUCACCCACAUCCUGGGGCAUGCUCCUCGUCUGUCACUCUAUCCAAGCAAUUACGUCAUUCGGAACGUGAAACUAGUUCUCUUUCCGAGAACUGCUCGCUGCCAAAGAACUUGUCACUUCUUCAGCAGCAUCCUGGGCCAAUCUUAAUAUUCUUCUCCUUUGCGAUAAUAUGAAUGUAUCAACGAUCCUGCGUACAGGCUCGCGGAAUCCACGUCUGCAAGUUCUCGCCAUGUCCAUUCACCUCACCUGCCGUUCAUACUUCAUAAACUUAGACUCCAUGUGGCUUCCACGCGAUGAUCCUCGAAUCGCCAUAGCAGAUCAUCUCUCGCGAUUCUUUGACCUUCAAGAUUGGGGUCUUUCGAAAACCUCUUACUUGACUCUGUUAGAAAUUCUCCCUUUUUUCCUGAUGUUGAUCUUUGUGCAAACGAUCACAACGCCAAGUGCGAUCAGUUCUUCUCACAGUGCCCCUCAUUUCUCUCUUCCGGGACAAACGCGUUAUCUGUUGAUUGGUCACUUUUUAAUUUCGCUCUCUGUUGUCCUCCUACAAACCUAAAUCGGUUGGGGUCCUAGUGGCCCCUCUUUGGCCAGCCUCAUCUUUCUGGCUAUCCCUUUGCCCUGACGGUUCUCAUUUUUCAUCUCUUUUUACUAAUGUUUUUAAAGGCUGUCCUUGCCUUCGUUCUGGCCCUCAUGUCAAUAGUACGUUACUUUCGGGUGUCACAGCUUUUCCCUUCGCUUACCUACUAUACAAUGGUCGUUUCUUUGACUCUCCAUACCUGGUUCUUAAAAAGUCACAUUGUUUUUAUGACGGUUGUAAUAAAUGUUCUUUCAAUGGUUAAUACCUUUCUGCUCCUCUAAUCGGCGGUACCUUCGAUUCCUAUUAUUAAGACGUACUACCUUUCCGAUUACCCCCUCUUUGAUUGCUUUCAGCCUUUUCCUCCCUUCUGGAAAAUUCUAGCUUCGUUGUCCAAGCAUCAAAAGCCCCUUCAACCUGGAAACUUAAUGCACCGUAUUGGACAACAUUCUGUCAAUUUUACACAACAAAUGCAAAAUGUCCUUUGCCAGCCUCGACAGACACGGUUUUGGCAUUCCUCCAAUUCUCUUCUGAAAAGUCUUGUUCCUCAGCCUCUUGCCGAUUCAGUUCGCAUCCAUUUCAGCAUUUCAUGAAACUUAAGGUUUUCUUUCCCCCUGUGAAGCCAAAAUAGGCAAACUUUUUCUCAAUGGUGCCAAGAAGUUGUUUUCUAAACCCGUUUCACGCAAGCAUCCAAUCACCCAGGACAUCCUUAUUCGAAUUAUCAGUCAUUGUCUCAGUACUGAUCUCCAUUCUGCCACUCCAUCCAGGCCAUUACAUCUAUGGCGCGAGGGAAUUUUUCGCCUUUUUAGGGAUGGCUCGGUUCAACGACCUUGCACACUUCAAUUCUGGCCACUCCUCUUUUCUCAAAGUCACAAAUGGACUCCUCUGCCCCAAGAAAUUGUAUAAAUCUUACUUACGCCGCCUUUCUGCAGCCUUCGGUCAACCGUAUUCUGGUCCCCUUUUACCCCAACUUUAAAAAUCUGGUUCUUCAUACCUCAUUUGUAGGACCAGCCACGGACUUCUAGAAAUAUGGACUGCGAACGAGCUUCCCGCCAAAUCGGCCUGCUCUUGGUCAUAGUAACUCUGAGCCACUUUUCGAAUUAAAGUAAUAAAAUAAGAAACGUAGAUCUCCUCAAUUAACGGUAGGUCAAUUUUGUAUCAUUUACAUGCAAAGUGGAUCGUUUCAAAGUUAUGUUGUCAAAAGCUUAUGUAGCUGACCAAGAGCAGGCCGAAAAUUCAAAUUUUAUGUAGUGUUUACUACAUAACUUUGAACAUGUCUCCUGAGUUCCCUAAACAUAGGUUUGGGCUCAAACUUGGCUAAGUUCAUCUAUUCAACCAGAUCUUGUGGUCGUAUGAAGUGCUUGUUUGGAAUAAUAUGGACAGUUUAGGAGAUACGAAAUUUUGGCUUCCGUUUGCAGUCUAUAUCUCUAGAAGUCCGUGGACCAGCGCAACUUACCACUCAAUUCGGAGAGUUCAAUUCAGCGUGUUAUCGACCCUUGGGCUUGAUCCGAAGGCGUUUGGUUGCCACUCCUCACGUAGGGGUGCGGUCACCAUCGCCAAAAAUGAUGGAGUCUCGACAUCUCAAGUGGGUAUAGCCGGGGAUUGGUCUUCCAACAGCACUGUCCCGGAUGACUACGAUGACAACCACAAACCUCGGAUUCCGUCCCUUAUCAGCGAUUCCCUUUCGUUUUAAUGCUUACAACCUUUAUUUUUCGUCAAUACUUUUUAAUUAUACGACCAACAAAAUGAAAUAGGUCUUGGUUCUCUCACACCGUCGUCCUCCUUCCAAAUAGUUCAAAUUCUGUACUAGAUCUACAAAAUGUAGUGAGAAUAUGGAUAAAUAGAGGUUUCUUCAACAAUGUAGAAACACGACAUUUAUACAUAUCGAACGUAAAAUAAGAGGUUUUGAGUUUAUCCUGGACAAACUUGCAAUCUACUCUCAAGCACCUGCAUACUGCUCUUAUUCCUUACUCUUUCAGACACAUUGGUCAUUACCCGGUGGUUCAUCAAAGUCUGAUCCCACCCUCCCUCCCAUAUUGACGGAUUCUUUCUACGUUAUACUCUCACACAUCAAUGACUCCAACCUGCCCCAUUGAAUACUCCUUCGCAGGUUUUUACCGGAUUCGUUCCUUUUCCUGCUGCUCCACUUCCUAGGGCGUUGGAAUUAAAGAUCAUCCGCCGCUCACACCACUUCGGCACAAACAUGUUCUACAAGAUAUUGCUAUAUCCGACAUUUUAUCUCCCUAUUUCCUUUAUUUGUUGCUCUGAUAAAUUGCACCGUCGGCCUCCUUCCAAAAAGUUCAAAUUCUGUACUAGUUCUACAAAAUGUAGUGAGAAUAUGGAUCAAUAGAGGUUUCUUCAACAAG